AUGAGUCCUCCCUCAGUUUACGGCCCCACAAGCGCGGAGCUCCCGGGCUCCAGCCUGGCUGCGAAUCCCCUCGCCGAGUCCACGGCUGCCGCAGCUCAGGGCUGGGACAACGAUGACAGCACCAUCAAGACGGUGGACGAGCUGGUGCGCCGUCGCGCCCGGGCGCACCCGGACAGUGUCAUUGUGUCUUACCCUUCUUCUGGCAUCAACUAUGUCGACUACACGAUGAGACAGCUCGAUGUCUUCGCCUACCGCGUGGCCAAGCUCUAUGAGCAGCGCAUCCCCAGCCGGCUCAACUCCGAUGAGAAGCCGACGACCGUGGCCGUCUUGGGCCCAUCCAACUUUGACUAUCUCAUCACCAUGCUGGCGCUGACCAAGCUCGGCCACACGACGCUAUUCUUGUCGACGAGAAUCUCACAAGAGGCUAUUGAGUCUCUCAUUACAACCACCGGCGCCAAGUUCCUCAUUGCCGACAAGAAGUAUCUUGAGACGGCUGAGGGUGCCAAGCAGAACCUCUCUUACCUCGAUGUCUUUGAGAUCGCGGGUCAAUCGACCUUUGACUUCCCCAUUGAGGUCCACGCUGAUACCCAGCUGGACUAUGGACGUGAUCUCUCAGUUGAGACGAAUAAUCUCAUUUACAUCAUCCACUCCAGAUCAACUGGUCUCCCAAAGCCCAUCUACCAGACGCAGAAGUCUGCCAUCGCCAACUACUCCAGUAGUAUGGACAUGAAGGCCUUCAUCACUCUGCCUCUGUAUCACAACCAUGGCAUCUGCAACUUGUACCGGGCUAUCUACUCUGGAAAGUCCAUCCACCUGUACAACGCAGACCUCCCUCUUACUCGCGAGCACCUCACUGGUAUCAUGCGCAAGCACAACUUUGAGAUCUUCUACGGCGUUCCAUACGCGCUGAAGCUUCUCGCCGAGACUGACGAGGGCAUGGCUCUGCUGCGUCAGCUGAAGAUCGUCAUGUAUGGUGGCUCCGCCUGCCCUGAUGACCUCGGCGACACUCUGGUUAACAACGGAGUCAACCUCGUUGGCCACUACGGAGCUACCGAGGUUGGUCAACUGAUGACCUCGUUCCGCCCACCUAACGACAAGGUCUGGAACUACGUCCGCGUCCACGACAAGCUCGAGCCGUAUCUCAAGUGGAUUCCCCGCGGCCCGAACUUGUUCGAGUGCUGCGUCCUCCCGGGCUGGCCGGCGAAGGUCGCCACGAACCAGGACGACGGCUCGUACUGCACGAAGGAUCUCUUCGAGCCCCAUCCCACGAUCCCCAAGGCAUGGAAGUACAUCGCCCGCUUGGACGACACGAUCGCCCUGGUCAACGGCGAGAAGUUCAACCCCGUCCACAUGGAGGGCACCAUCCGCUCCAACAAGAACAUCACCGAGUGCGUCAUCUUCGGCGUCGGACGUCCGUCUCUCGGUGCCCUCAUCGUCCCUGCCCCGGCCCUCGCUGGCAAGACCGAUGAGGAGAUUCUGGAGGUCGUCUGGCCUGUCGUCGAGGAAGCAAGCCGCAAGGCCGAAGCUUAUGCUCGUGUAUCCAAGAACAUGAUCAAGCUUCUUCCCUACGACUGCGCCUACCCCAGGACCGACAAGGGUAGUGUCAUUCGCCAGGCUUUCUACAAGAGAUACGCCCAGGAGAUUGACGAGGUCUACGACAAGGCGGACGCCAGCAGCGGUGAUCUGAAGAAGCUCUCCCUGUCUGAGUUGAAGGACUUCGUCCGUCAGGGGCUCGUCCAGGCCUUGUCCAAGAAGGUUAACCUUGACGACGACACCGACUUUUUCUCUCUCGGCCUCGACUCCCUGCAGGCUAUCCAGAUGCGCUCCGAUAUCCUCCGAACCAUUGAUAUUGGCGGCAGCAAGCUUGGACAGACCGUCGUCUUUGAUCAUCCAUCGAUCAACAAACUCAGUGCUUACCUCUUCGGCCUGGGUUCUGGAGAAGGUGUUACCACUGAUAUUCCUAUCGAGACCGAGAUGAGCGAGCUCAUCGAGAAGUACGAUACCUUCGAGGCCCCCAAGGCGGCCCUUCGAUCUUCCAUCGCUGUCACUGGUGCUACUGGCUCCCUCGGAGCUCACGUCGUCGCCAAGCUCGCCGCCGACCCGACCAUCAAGACCAUCUACUGCUUCACACGCGCGUCCUCAGAUGCGGAUGCCGCCCGUCGCGUGAAGAGCUCUCUCAUCCAGCGCCGCCUCUACCACACCCUCCCCGCGACCUCCCGCAGAAAGCUCGUCGCUCUGCCCACCGACCUCGCCGAUCCCAAACUUGGUCUUUCGGAAACCGCCUAUGGCCAGGUGAAGCAGGACCUCCGCACGGUAAUCCACUGCGCCUGGUCCGUCAACUUCAACAUGCGCCUCUCCAGCUUCGAGAAGGGCAACAUCGCCGGUGUCAACCACCUCAUCGCGCUGGCCAAGGCUGCUGGCGAUGACGCCUCAUCUACCGCCACCUUCAACUUCUGCUCCUCCGUGAGCACCGUCGCUCGCGCCACGACUAUCCCCGUCCCCGAGUCUGUCCCUGAUUUCGAGUGGGCACAGGGCAUGGGAUACGCGCAGUCCAAGUGCGUCGCUGAGCAUCUCUGCUCCCGCGCCUCUGCGAAGUCCGGCGUCAAGGCCCGCGUGCUCCGCAUUGGACAGAUCGUCGCGGACACCGAGCACGGCGUCUGGAACGCGACCGAAGCCAUCCCCUUGAUGCUGCAGACUGCCAUUACCGUCGGCGCCCUGCCCAAGCUCCAGGAGACGCCCUCUUGGCUCCCCGUCGACACCGUCGCCCAGGCCGUCAUCGACAUCUCCACCUCCGACGCCGACGGUGUCUUCACCAACGUCGCUAACCCGAAGAUGUUCAGCUGGACCAACGACUUGCUGCCCGCCCUGAAGGCUGCUGGCCUGGAGUUCGAGGAGGUCGAGCCCAAGGAGUGGAUUCGUCGUCUGCGUGCGUCGAACCCCGACCCCGCCGCCAACCCACCCAUCAAGCUCGUCGACUUCUUCGCGAGCAAGUACGACAAGGACGAGUUCGCGCCGUCCAAGACCUACGUCACCGACACGGCGUGCUCGCUCUCCCCCGCGCUGGCGGAGGCUCCUGUCUUGACCCAGCAGCUCGUCAGCAACUUCGUCCAGUACUUCAAGGCCAACCACUGGAUUCAGCAGGCCAAGAACUCCUCAAAGACAGUCAUCAUGGUUGCUGGACCCUGCGGCAGCGGCAAGUCCACUCUCGCCACCUCUUUGGCCUCGGAGCUCAAGGUUCCCUUCAUCGAGGGCGACUCGCUGCACUCCAAGGCAGCUGUUGAGAAGAUGGGAGCUAACCUGCCCCUGACUGACGACGACCGUGCGUUGUGGUUGGGUCGCAUUGGCAAGCGCGCAGUUGAGACCAUCGAGGACCUGGGGCACGACUCUGUCGUCGUCAGCUGCUCGGCGCUGAAGAAGUCUUAUCGUGACACUCUUAGAGAUGUUGUCUCCAAGAACGAGGGUGCGAGAAUAGUCUUCCUUGACAUUCAAUGUGCGUCCGAGACGCUUGUGAAGAGGAUGAAUGAGAGGAAGGGACACUACAUGCUUGCGAGCAUGGUGGAGGGUCAGGUUGGCGUCUAUGAGCCUGCUGGCUUUGAGGAGCUGGAUGUCUUCCCUGUUGAGGGCGAGAACAAGCCUGAAGAGGUGUUUGAGGAGGCCAAGUGGCUGCUUGGUCAGAUUGGAUUGAACUAA